GCAAACUCGCUUAUAGUCGUGCAAUUUUAGGCGACGUGGAUGCCAACAAGAAGCGAGACAGAGACUCGGCGGACUCAGUGGCCACCGGCAAGGAGAACAUACAGACUGUUUUCAACCACGCUCGUCCCGCGCAAAAAGCCCCGGCUGGUGUGCGAUGCCUACGAAAAUGAGGAAGACGCCGACAUUCCUGACAACGGUGACGGUGAAGAUUUUGAACCGAAUCCUCUCGACACUGAAGAUGAUGACGACGAGGGUUGCGACGAAUGUUUCCCUGGCUCGGAUGAUAUCGACAGCGAGUUGCUCGGUGUCCCUGCCACGGACUCAAUUGUCGCUUAUGCCCCGCAUGGUAUCAAGCAAGACGCUCAGCCUUCCCAGGUUGCAGUAGACGACGGCGACGGCGAAGACUACGGCGAAUGCAUUCAUGGACCAGAUGGUUUUGGCACCGAGCUUUUUGACGUCGCUGUUACAGACUCGAUCGUGGCCUAUGUUCCGCGAGAUAUCGACCCCCACGCCAGCAACAGAUUCGCUCAGAAAAGGCACGUUAUGAUCACUCACAUGGCAACGUGGAGUAAGACCAACGAUCUCCGUGGGUUGGGCUACGAAGAACGACCCAUGACAUUGGGAUUAGGACGCAUCCUCGGCAACCUAUCGGUCACUGAUAUCGUGUCACUUUUUUUCUCAGGAAUACCGACUGAGGUACAGAACCUAUUCGACAAGCCAGUUUUGACGGCCCAAGGUCUUCUGAAUCUACCAGAUACACAGGCUGUUAGAAAGUAUCUUCGUCAGGGUAUGUACCUAGACAUCGCACUGGGAAACAUCAAGUUCCGGGAGGGCCAGACCAUCGAAUGCGACGGUUACGUUGGCUGAGCAGGAAGGUUGAAGCGACGAACCGGUGAACACGACCUUAUUGCUAGAGAGUGCGAGCCCGAAAGUCUUCCACAUGAGCAUCGAUAUAGUCUACAUUACGGUCA